AUGGGUUCCACGGCUACUGCUGCUGCUGCUGCUGCUGCUGCUGCUGCUGCUUCUGCUGCUGCUGCUGCUGCUGCUACUGCUGCUGCUGCUGCUGCUGCUGCUGCUACUGCUGCUGCUGCUGCUGCUGCUGCUGCUGCUGCUGCUGCUGCUGCUGCUGCUUCUGCUGCUGCUGCUGCUGCUGCUGCUGCUGCUGCUGCUGCUGCUGCUGCUGCUGCUGCUGCUGCUGCUGCUGCUGCUGCUGCUGCUGCUGCUGCUGCUGCUGCUGCUGCUGUCGUCUCUGUGUUGUCUGACUUCACUUGCCGACCACGCGCGACGUGCAGUCAGGCGUGCCAGCCUGGUGUCAGUCAGGGGUGUUAG